AUGGCCGAGAAUUUAGAGAUCGAUUUGAACGACGAGUCAAAAAAACCGAUCAGAAAAAAUGUGCAUGACAGAAUUGAGCAGGGAAGCGUAUCUGCGUAUGAGAUGGAUCAAAACAGGAAAUAUGAGAAGGAGUACGAGUAUUUGUGUUAUAUGGCGCAGGCACGUGAUUGGAUCUGCAAGAACAUACACGUGGAAAUGAACAAUAAUUUGGAGUUCAAGGAGAAGUUGCGGAAGGGUGAGAUAUUGGUGGAUCUGGCCAACGUGAUAUCUGGCAAAGAUGCCAGGGUGUACAGAAACAAUGAAUUGGUCUACAGGCACACAGACAAUCACAACGUAUUCAUGAAUUUCCUUAGAGAUGUAAAACUCAACCGUUGCUACCACUACGGUGUUUUGGAUGCGUACGAUGAUGUGAACAUACCGUCGGUGAUUUUUUGCUUGCAUGCGCUCUCCAAUCAUCUGCAGAAGUUUGGAUACGUCAAUAAAAUUGAGAAGAAGAGGUAUGUGUUCUCGGAGAAAGAGCUGAGUAGCGCUAGGAAAGAGAUUAAGAAUUUUAGUGCACUGCAAUUUGAUGCGAUUGGCAGGGACGUAAAGGAGAUGAAGAAGGUAAUUGAUGAAGAAUAUGUGCCUUCGCCGAAGCGACUUUCAAGACUUGUUAAGAAUCUUUGCGGGUACAAAGAGUACCGUGAAAAGGUGAACAGCACCAAAAGCAUUCUUAAGGAACAGAUUGAGAAUCUUAACAAUACGAUUCCUAUGGUUAUUGUGGAUUUUAUCAAGAAACGGCUGAAGGAAAAGAUUGCCCAACGGCUUUCAUCAAAACAUGAUGAGGUGUUGAGACGUACUUUUAGAAGAUUUUUGAUGAGAAAUCCGAUGAAGGAGGUGCUUUCGGGCAGGGCAUCGCUUUUUUCUAUCAGAGAAGUUCUCAAACGACAGUCAACUGACAUUAAAUAUGUGGUUGAUGCCAAGCACAGGCUCAUAACAGAGAAAUUGAAGGAAAAUUAUGAGCUGGAAACCGAGAUUGAUAAAAUUAUGUGCACAAUUGAAAAAGUGCUUGACAACACGCGCCUCAAUAUUGGACUAGAAAGCAGUUUGUACCCUACAGAGUACAAUAAGAAUUUUGAAAAGAUCCUGUUCUACAUGCAGACAGAACCUAAGAUACUCCUUGAUAUCCUCGGUAAGAUCGAUAAGGACGAGUUGGAGGAUUUUAUCGCACGGUACAUCGUUCCUUUGUUCAGUACGUCUUCGGAACGAGACAAGUACCUCAUCCUGAAGAUAGUUGAUGAGGAUAACAACGAAUUGAUGAGCAGCAGCUUCUACUCGGAGGACAACACGGAGGAGGACAUUCGGUUGGUUUCGUACAAAAUCAUAGUGAACUUGUUCCGUAGCUCUAAGACAGCAACUGAGAUCCGUGACGCCCUGCUGAUCACAGACAAAGUAAACGUAUCCAACGCCAAGGAGGACUACAUCAAGAGUUUGAACACCAUUAAGGAUAUCGUGUCACGCACAGUGGAUACGAUCUGCGGGAUUGCAAUGCCAUAUUACGUGUUGUAUUUCUUCUCCAAACGUGGUGAGAGCAAAAGGGCGACUGAUCUCUGCGAUUUCUACAGCGAUUUUAUCUCGCCGUUCAUCGCUGCACCAGAUGCAUUCCCGAAUUUUCAGGGCAAGUUCGACAGAAACACGCUGCUCACCAUUGACGCGGUGUUCAGCGGCAUCAUAAAGGGUGAGUUCGACAACGAUUACUACCUGCCACUGUCAUCGUGGGGCAUGGACGUGCGCGAACAGCUUGAGAUGUAUUUCUGUGAGAGCAUUUCUCGGAAGACGAAGAUAACAAGCAACUCCAAGUUCAGGAUCAACAAGCCGAUGAUACAAUUCUCAUUGAAGGAGUUGAACCAGCUACUGGGCAUUUUGCAGGUGAUAACAACUAAGUCAGCGGACUUUGACAAUCUGAUAAGGAGGACUAAGCCGUACGAAUAUUAUGACAACGAGUUUGUAACUCUUCAUCUCUCUAAUCCGGUCAUAAAAGAUGAGGAGGAUAAGUUUGUUGGCGUGGUUGGAGACGUAAUCGAUGUCAUAAGCGUAACAAAAGGAAGAGACUUGGAGAGCAUUUUGAUGAGUAAGAGCACGAGAGAAGAAGAGUGUAAAUACAGGAAAUUGUUGAACUACAAGAACAAUUUGAUGAAAGUGAGUGUAAAGGAAUGCAUGGAGGAUUACGACAAUGUUAAUAACUCGGAUGAGAGCGAAUACGAUCUUCUCAACAAAGACUCCUUCGUAAAUAACGAUGACAGGGCGGAGAGCCUUGAUAUAAACGACUCAACACUUCUAGACGAGCUGAAGGAGGGAGUGCUCAAAAGAAUCGAUAUGCUUGAAAAGAACCGUGUGCUCACGGCUAACAAGUACGACGAGCUCGUGCAAAAGGUGUGCGAGCGUAUUGAAGAGAUACGUAUUCUCACGUCGCAACGAAGGAUGGAAAUCAAAAUUAAUAACAAAACACUGAACAACCUCAAGAAGCAGAACAAAUUUCUUAGAUUGCGUAUGGACACGGUGACCGAAUAUUUCCAGUCGCUGCUCGAAAGCUACUUCGUAAAGGGUAGCGGCAAUUGCAGCAGGAAGAGCAUAUACGGCACAUACAAGUACAAAUUCAAGCAAUUGCAUAAAAAGAAUAUUCUCAUGGCGGUUCAUGACUACAUGAUGGAUGAUCCUGUGGUCCUUUACUUUUCGUGUGAGAAGCCAGGUGUUAUUGAUAUUCAUGUGCUGGCAGGUGGACAGACUGUUGAGAAUGUGUGUAUUACGUUUGAAGAAAUUCUGAACAAGAGGGAGGAGAAGAGUAUCGUUGUUGGAUCGUUAGAGUUUAACUCUAAGGGGCUAUUACGGCUGGUGAACGAUAAUUACGUAAGGAGAUGAUUGUGAUAUUUAAUAAAAGUGAUUGUUUGAAAAGUUUGUUGGUUUUGACAUAUUAACGUUGUUUUUGGAGGUACGAGAGAACGUGG